AUGUUCUUUCUAUCUACUCCACCAAACUUUGAAGAAGGUCAGUCUACAUACAGGCCACCAAGGUUCAAUGGCCAGUACUAUGGAUGGUGGAAAACUAGGAUGCACGACUUCAUUGUGGCUGAAGAUUUAGAGAUAUGGGAUAUUAUAUGUGACAGACCCUUUGUUCCCACCAAGAAUCUUGGUGAUCCAGCUGUAGCCAUUCCUAAGACGAGGAAGGAAUUCAAUGAUGCUGAUCGAAAGGUCAUAGAAAAGAACUUUUGUGCAAAGAAAAUUCUUGCUUGUGGCAUUGGUCCUGAUGAAUAUAAUAGGAUAUUGGCAUGCCAAUCAGCAAAAGAAAUCUGGGAGGCUCUUCAGACAGCUCACGAAGGAACAACACAGGUUAAGCAAUCCAAGAUCGACAUGCUCAUAACUAAAUACGAGCUCUUCAGGAUGAAAGAUGAUGAAUCCAUCCAAGAUAUGCAUACUCGCUUCACCUCCAUCAUUAAUGCGCUUCACUCUCUUGGUGAAACCAUUCCAAGAAACAAGCAUGUCAGGAAAAUCCUUAGUAAAGAUCAGUACAAAAACAACCUUGACAAAGCAGCCAAGAGGAACCCGAUUCUUGAUAAACACUUCAAAAGAGAGAAUGUCGCUGACAAUGUCGUAAAGCAAGCUCUUGCUACAUGGGGAGACUCCUCCAACGAAUCUAAAGAAGAAAAUGAUCAUGGUGAUAGUUCAAUGAUAGCAGUGGAAAGUGAAGCAACUGAGUAUGACUCAAUUUUUGCCUUGAUGGCUCAGUCCGAUGACGAUGAAGAUUGCGAUGAUGAUGCGGUAAAUUUUCUGGAUGUUCAGAGAAAUCUGAAUUCUUAUUCUCCUAAAGAAUUUAUAUCUUUGGCAAAUGUGUUAAUUGAUGCUUAUCACAGUCUUAUAAAUGAUAAAGAUGCUUUAAUUGUGGAGUUAGGAUAA